CCGCUGCAACUUUGGACUCUCAGACUUCUUUGAGCGACACUUGAGAGGCGACACGCGUGACUUAGUCCCGCCAUGUUCCACCUGAAGAAGAGGAAUAGUCUGACUUGAAGAAGAGGAACAUGUUCGACUUGAAGAAGAGGAACAUGUUCGACCUGAAGAAGAGGAACAGUCUGACGCUCAACAGCGGCCGCGAGUCUCGUGACGUGGAAGAGUUCAGGCGCGUGGCGGUCAGGCGGAAAGUGAAAGGCGACACGCAGGAGGAUGUCCACGCAGUGGGGAGCAGUUCCAGCUGUGGGGGGUCUUGUGACAGGACCUGUGGACCCAAACAUGAAAACCACCAAAGUCCACCCACCAAACCACAAGUUCCCCCCAAGCCCGCGCACCUCCAGAGUCCGAUGAGGAGCGGGCCGCCCUCUUCGUCCCGGCAUUUCCCUGGCACCGACGACAAGAGUCCAAUCCGGGCGGGGGUGAGCUGUCUCCUCAAUGGAGCCCAGCUGAGCCCCACCCGCCUCUCCCCUUCCCAGAAGAUCCCCAAGCUCACCAGCAGCCCGUUGGGGUCGCCAAGUCCAGGCAAGAGAGGCAUCCAGAACUGCACCCCCUUGAGGGAGGGCGGUCACUGCCCCGCUAAGUUGACCCCAAGAAACCGGAGCCCUCUGUCGGUAAUACUGCGGACCCCCAGCCCCGUUCAGAACAAGAUAGGGAGCUACAGCCCUGCCAGGAACUCUAAAUCCUGGCUGGGGGUUCACAGGACCCCAAGCGGGAAGAUGGAGGGUUGGGAGAAGAGGAGUGGGAAGUCUUUGAGUGUUCCUGACCUCGUUGUGUACCUGGAUGAAAGAAUCCCGUUGGAAAAAGAGGAAAGUUCUCCUCGGCCUGCCAUCACCGUCAAAGCCCCGACGGACUGCAGACUCAACCGCACCGCGGGGGAAGUCUCCUCGCAAAGUUCAACGGACUGCAGACUCAACCGCACCGUGGAGGAAGUCUCCUCGCACAGUUCAACGGACUGCAGACUCAACCGCACCGUGGAGGAAGUCUCCUCGCAAAGUUCAACGGACUGCAGACUCAACAGCACCGUGGGGGAAGUCUCCUCGCAAAGUUUAACGGACUGCAGACUCAACCGCACCGUGGGGGAAGUCUCCUCGCAAAGUUCAACGGACUGCAGACUCAACAGCACCGUGGGGGAAGUCUCCUCGCAAAGUUUAACGGACUGCAGACUCAACCGCACCGUGGGGGAAGUCUCCUCGUGUCCGACAGACUGCAGACUCAACCGCACCGUGGGGGAAGUCUCCUCGUGUCCGACAGACUGCAGACUCAACCGCACCGUGGGGAAAGUAUCCUCGCAAAGUUUAACGGACUGCAGACUCAACCGCACCGUGGGGAAAGUAUCCUCGCAAAGUUUAACGGACUGCAGACUCAACCGCACCGUGGGGGAAGUCUCCUCGCAAAGUUCAACGGACUGCAGACUCAACCGCUCCGUGGGGGAAGUCUCCUCGCGUCCGACAGACUGCAGACUCAACCGCACCGUGGGGGAAGUCUCCUCGCGUCCGACGGACUGCAGACUCAACCGCACCGUGGAGGAAGUCUCCCCGCGUCCGACGGACUGCAGACUCAACCGCACCGUGGAGGAAGUCUCCCCGCGUCCGACGGACUGCAGACUCAACCGCACUGUGGAGGAAGUCUCCCCGCGUCCGACAGCCUGCAGACUCAACCACACCGUGGGGGAAGUCUCCUCGCGUCCGACAGACUGCAGACUCAACCGCACCGUGGGGAAAGUAUCCUCGCAAAGUUCAACGGACCAGCGUCAGCCUGAUGGCGUCCUGCUGGAGAAAGCCUCCAAGAUCCAUGCGGGGUCCAAGUCCAAAUGCAGAUGGACCGAAGGAGAACGACAUGAGGAGGAGGAGGAGGAGGAGAAAAAGGAGGAGGCAUCGAAAGAGGACGAGAACACAGAGCAGAAGUUGUUCAAGAUAGCCCGUGAGCUCCUGCACACGGAGAGGGCCUACGUGGCUCGACUACACCUGCUGGACCAGGUGUUCUGUCUGCGUCUCACAGAAGAGGCGGGGCGAGGCUCCUUCCCGGCGGAGGUGGUGCGCAACAUCUUCUCCAACAUCUCCUCCAUCUACUCCUUCCACAGUCAGUUCCUGCUGCCCGACCUGGAGGACCGCAUCAGCCACUGGUGUGAGCAGCCCGGCCUGGGUGAGGUCCUCCUGCAUCACGCCCCCUUCCUGAGGAUGUAUGCUGACUACGUCAGCAACUUCCAACCAGCCAUGGAGCUGCUGAGAACCUGGACCGAGCGCUCCUCCACCUUCAGGAACCUCCUCCAUGACAUCCAGAGCCAGGAUGUGUGUGGCAGCCUGACCCUGCAGCACCACAUGCUGGAACCGGUCCAGAGGAUCCCUCGCUACGAGAUGCUGCUGCGGGACUACGUGAAGAAGAUGCCCUCCACUCACCCGGACUAUGAAUUUGCUCAGAGAUCCUUGGAGACCAUCUCCAUGGCGGCCAACCACUCCAACAGCGCCCUCCACAAAGCGGAGAGCAUCAAGCGACUGCUGGAGAUCUAUGAGAUGGUUGGAGAGGAGGACGUGGUCAACCCCACCAACCAGUUUGUGAAAGAAGGUCGCCUGCUCAAGAUCUCUGCCAGGAACACCUCUUCUAUGGAGCGACACCUCUUUCUGUUCAACAACUUCCUGCUGUGCUGCACGCCAAAGUUCAGCCUAGUCGGGCAGCGUUUGACGGUGCGCAGCAGGAUAGGAGUGGACGGCAUGCAGGUGCAGCAGACCACCAAUGAAGACCACCAUUACACCUUCCAGGUGUCGGGAAAGGAGAAGACCCUGGAACUGCAGGCCAGCUCUGAGCAGGACCGGGACGAGUGGAUCCAGGUGAUCCAGGACGCCAUCCAUGAGUUCCAGCAGAAGAACCAGACCUUCAAGAUGGCCUCCAAGGAGAUCCAGGCGCAGGAACAGACGGCAGAGCUGGGCCGCCGGGCCCCCCGCUGGGUGCGCGACCACCAGGUGACAGUGUGCAAGACCUGCAGCGAGUCCUUCAACGCGCUCACCCGGCGCCGACAUCACUGCCGGGCGUGCGGCUGUGUGGUGUGCUGGAGGUGCUCCGACCACAAGGUGGCGCUGGAGUACGACGGCUACAAACUCAACAAGGUGUGCAAGUCCUGCUUCUCCGUCCUCAGCGCGCCGAGAGGAGGCGGGGCCAAGAAACGCUCGCCAGAGUCCUGCAGUGACUCCACCAUGAGCGGCUUCCUGCAAUAUGGCGACCAUCCCAGAAGGUGUCAGCAGGUGUGGGGCGUGGUCACCACCACCGAGGCCCCCCUCCUCUCCCUCUACGCCACCCCACAGGACCCCGCACCCCUGUCCAGGAUCCCCCUGGCAGGCUGCACUGUGGGGGAACCUCCUGCUGACCUCCAGGGACAUUUCUGCCUGCGACACCCCCAAAGUGUGCACGUCUUCUCCUGCCAGGGCGACGACUUGAAGCGGCGUUGGGUGGGCGCCCUCAAAGCGGCCGUCAGAGGCUCGGACGACGGCACCAGCGAGUCCAGCGGGGAGGAAUGACUUUUUAACGGCAGCAAGGAAAGUUAAAGUUGAAUUAUCUGAUUUGUUUGUGAAAUGACUGACAGGAAAAUAAAUAAAAGUUUUA